ACACCAUCUUCAUUUGUCUGAUCCAUAAACAAUUUCCAAUCUCCCAUCAUCAUCUCUCUCAUCUCUACUUUCUCUCUCAUCAAGAAGUGAGAGGAUAACGUUUUCCCCCUUAACCACCACCACCACCACCACCACCACCAUGCUCUCACUCACCGUAAACACUCCCAACCCCACCUAUCUCUCCACCCCCUUCCUCCCCAACCACCACCAUCACCGCCACCCUCCGCCGCCGCCGUCAAAUCCCCAAAACAGACCAUCCAAACCCCUCUCCAUCUCCGCCAUCAUCAUCCCACCUUCCUCCUCCACCUCCCACAAGCAGCAAUCUCAGCUCUACCAACCCUACCGCCCGCCGCCUACCCUCCUCCCCGCCAAGUGGCGCUACCUCGACACCAACCAGAAGCUCGACAUCCUCACCGAUCGAUUGGGUCAGUGGUUCGAAUACGCCCCCUUAAUCACAUCCCUAAUCCAGGAGGGUUUCAUCUCCACCACCAUCGAGGAGAUCACCGGAAUCGCCUCCAUCGAACAGAACCGCCUCGUCGUCGCCACCCAGGUCCGCGACUCCCUCGUCGAGGACACCGACCCGGAGACCGUCGCCUUCUUCGACAACCCCGCCGGCCCCAAGAUCCUCUACGAGCUUCGAAUUCUCAGCGCCGAGCAACGCGCCGUCGCCGCGCGUUAUCUGAUUGCAAAUGGCUUCGACGCCAGGAAAACGGAAGAGCUUGCCAGGUCAAUGAAGGACUACCCGCGCAGGUACGGGGAUAAAUGGUAUCAGAGCUUCGACGGCAAUCUUCCCGGAGAUUGUUUGGCCUAUAUGUAUUUCCGGCAGGCGCAGGAGCACAAAACGGCGUUCUCGCCGGAGCAGAGUAUCACCGCUCUUGAAAAAGCUUUGGAGAUGGCCGAAACCGAGAAGGCGAGACAGAGAGUGCUGAGAGAUUUAGAAGCUAAAGACGGAGAUGGCAAAGAAGAAGUCAACCCCGACGAGCUGGUCAAAGUUCCGGUGGUCAGAAUGGCUUACGGCGAGGUUGCCGAGUCGACCGUGGUGGCGGUUUUCCCGGUUUGCAGCGGGGACGCUGGUGGAGAGAUCGAGGUGGGGGAUGCGCCUUGGGAAUGCAGGACCAGGGGCAGUUUCGGGAUAGUGAAGGCGGAGAAGGGGUGGAGCCGGUGGGUGGUUCUGCCGGGGUGGGGGCCGGUGGCGGGGCUGAAGAGGGGCGGAGUGGCGGUGGCUUUCUCGAAGGCCGGUGGGGUAUUGCCGUGGAAGGGGAAGAGGAGGGAUGCGAACGAGGAGAUUUUGGUGGUGGCGGAUAGGGGGAGGAAGGUGGUGGAGUACGACGAAGGGUUUUAUUUGGUUUCCGGUGGCGGCAAGGAGGGUUUGAAGGUGGAGAGAGGGGACAAGUUGAAGGGGAAGGGGAUGGUGAAUACCUUGGGUGCGGUGGUCUUGGUGGUUAGGCCGCCAAGAGACGACAACGAUAACACAUUGAGCGAUGUCGAAUGGGAAUGAGAAGAAAAAAAACCCGAAUUCGCUUAUGUUGAGAUUCUUCAUAGCUAACUAUAAGUAAGUGAAGAAGAUUGUUUGAUAGAAGAGACUAGUUUUUGGACAAGAGAGUAAGGAGUUAUUUCCUAUGUUGUUUAGUUGUAUUUAUUAUUCAUCACAAGGAACUUGUAUUAGUUAAAAUAGAUAAUAAAUUUUGAAUGUUGAGCUUUUUAUAUUGCUACU